AUGUGCCAUGAUAAAAGAGACGAUGGCGCCAAGCUAAGAGUGAUUUCAGUUGUCGGCGAGGAAGCCAUCGGCAAAACAGCUCUAGUGAGGAGCGUCUACGGCAGAGCGGAUGUUAAGCAUCAUUUCGACUGCUGCACUUGGGUCCGGGUUGGGCCGAAGCCUAACCUGGUUCAUCUCAUGAUCGACUUGCUCAAGCAGCUGAGGGUCCCAGAAUUGCGAGAUGUGGAUUGUAUGAACGAGGAAAAGCUGUCCGACGUCCUCCAAGGAUUCCUGAUGGAGUGCUGUUAUCUGACGGUCCUGGAUGACUUGUCCGAUCUCCUUCUCAUGGACAAGCUCUUGAUAAAGGUGCUUGCAGACUCGAGGAACGGGAGCAGAGUAAUCAUCACGACUCGUAACAGCAAAAUACCCUCUUCCACUGAUCCCUGGGAUAGUAGCAGCGCUUUCGAUGGGGUCAAUCCGGACGGAGAACUCCUCCCUCUCAAAGAGAGGAUUCUUAGCAAAUUGGGCGGUUCUCCUACCAAGAUCGUUCUACUCGGAGGACUUUUAUCCACCACCACGUUGAGUGGAUGCACCAAGCUUGUCGAUCAGCUUCCCGGUCGUCCCACACUCCAAGAUAUUGUGCAUUUGAGCGUUAAUGACCUUUCAGAAGGGUUAAAGCAAUGUGCUCUGUACUUGACUCUGUUCCCUAAGGAAUCUGAGAUUCCCACAAGGAGGCUCUUCAGACUUUGGUUAGCUGAAAAUCUCGUAUCUUCAGCGUCGGAGAACAGUGCAGAGGCAUGUUUUGAGAUUCUGGUGUCUAGACACAUGAUCAAGGAAGCUCGACAGAAAUGGGACAGGAGUGCCCAAUCGUGCCGCUUGCCUGGAUUGUUGCACGAUGUCUUUUAUCAGAUGGCUGAGAAUGAAAGAUUCCUCAAGAUCUUUGACUGUUCUAUUCAUGAUAAAAAGAAUUCCGAUGCCCCGCGUAUGGCCAUACAUAGGGAUAUUUCAGGAGUAGGAGAAGCAAAUGCGCACAUGAAUGUGCCCGAAGCAGGACGAGAGCGAUUAGAAACAAAUGCACAAGAAGCACGCGUGGAGAUCACACCUGCCGAGCCAGAUCAAAGACUGUCCACCAGUGAAAAUUCCACGCCGCCGCUUGGUGUCCAACAACUCCUUUCCUAUGUGUCAUUCAACACCAUGAAGCUGGGAACACAGGCCGGAGAGAUAGUGGCGUUACUUAAACCAUUAGUGCCGACAAGGGACUUGAGUUUGCUGAGGGUACUUGAUCUUGAGGGUGUCUACAAGCCUUUUCUUCCGGAGGAGCUUGGCAACAUAUUGCCGAACGUAAAGUACAUGGGACUCAGAUGGACUCUUCUUGAAUCGCUUCCAAAGUCAGUGGUGCGAUUGUCUUGCCUGGAAACUUUGGAUCUGAAGUACACUAACAUAACCCAAGUGCCAGUUUCUAUUUGGGAGGUAGAGAGUCUGCAACACCUAUACAUGAAUGAGGUGUCCUUUAACAAGUCCGUUCAUCCUCAACUGCAUUCCAAGAAAUCUUUGAACUGCAACAUCCAAAAGGCCUCCGCGGUGGAGGACCAACAGCAACUAUACGUCGGGGGAAAGUGGCCUAAGGAAGAUGGGAAAACAGAGAACUGCGAUAUUCUUCCUGGACCGGAUUAUUCACAAGUCCCUGAAGCAGAGCUUGCGGCUGUCAUAUUGGGCGUUGUCGAGGUGACGGCCUCAGUGUCUCUAGCACUUUUUGAUGGGUUUGCUUCUUCCUUUCCAGAAAGAAGUCGUCGUGGAGCUGCCGGUUGA